UCUGGUCACUAUCUCUGUUGUUCUUCCUCACCAAAGAAGGAGAUCUCUGAUGAAGAUGUUUCCACAAUCAGGGAAAUCCAUCGUCUUCGACAACUUCCCAGAUCCGUCCGACACCUGGGAGAUCAUCGAGACUAUCGGGAAAGGGACUUAUGGGAAAGUCUACAAGGUGCUGAACAAGAUCGAUGGGAGCAAAGCUGCCGUCAAGAUCCUAGACCCCAUCCAUGAUAUAGAUGAGGAGAUUGAAGCAGAGUACAACAUCCUCAAGGCCCUCUCAGACCAUGCUAAUGUGGUCAAGUUCUUUGGGAUGUACUACAUGAAGGACGUGAAAAAUGGCGACCAGUUGUGGCUAGUACUGGAGCUCUGCAAUGGAGGCUCGGUAACAGAUUUGGCCAAAGGAAUGCUGAAGAGAGGGGACAGGAUGGAUGAGCCUGUUAUUGCCUACAUCCUACACGAGGCCCUUAUGGGGUUACAACACCUGCAUAUAAACAAGACCAUCCACCGUGAUGUCAAAGGCAACAACAUCCUGCUCACCACACAAGGAGGAAUAAAACUGGUGGACUUUGGUGUCUCCGCCCAGCUGACCAACACUCGUCUCCGUAGAAACACAUCGGUGGGAACUCCGUUCUGGAUGGCGCCCGAGGUGAUCGCCUGUGAGCAGCAGCUAGACUCCACUUACGACGCUCGCUGUGAUGUUUGGUCUCUGGGGAUCACAGCCAUAGAGCUUGGAGAUGGAGAUCCGCCCCUUUCUGACCUCCAUCCAAUGAGAGCUCUCUUCAAAAUCCCCAGAAAUCCACCACCCACCCUCCACCAACCUGAGCUGUGGUCGGAUUACUUUAAUGACUUCAUCUGCAAAUGUCUGAUAAAGGACUUUGAGCUGAGACCGAAUGUCCUAGAUCUGUUCCAGCAUGCCUUCAUCAAACAGAUUGUUGGCCGAGAGAGGAUCCUGCAGAAACAGCUGAUGGAGUUCAUAGACCUCAACCAGCAGAUAGGCAUCACUGGGAAAACAAGACAUGAGCGUAUUCACACGAAGAAAGGCAGCUACAUGAAUUCAUCAAGCCCCACCCCCAAUGAAGUGGACGACCUUGCGACCCUGGAGGUGCUUGAUGAGAAUGCCGUGACAGAGCAGCUUCAGGGUCGCUACACAGUGGACCACAUCUACACGUAUGUGGGAGACAUCCUCAUCGCUGUCAACCCUUUCCACAAGAUGGACAUCUACGGCUCCGAGUACACUAAGAUGUACAUAGGGGCCAAGCGCACUGCCAACCCUCCACAUAUCUUUGCCGUUGCAGACAUUGCUUACCAGUCCAUGGUGACAUACAAUGCAGAUCAGUGCAUCGUAAUUAGCGGGGAGAGUGGAGCAGGGAAGACAGAGAGUGCCCACCUGCUGGUCCAGCAGCUCACUGUGCUGGGCAAGGCCAACAAUAGGACCCUGCAGGAAAAGAUUCUGCUGGUCAACAACUUGGUGGAGGCUUUUGGGAACGCUUGCACGGCGAUCAACGACAACUCCAGCCGCUUUGGGAAGUAUCUGGAGAUGAAGUUCACAAGCGGGGGAACCGUCGUCGGAGCACAGAUAUCGGAAUACCUUCUGGAGAAAUCCCGCGUGAUUCACCAGGCUGUGGGGGAGAAGAACUUCCACAUCUUCAACUACAUCUACGCUGGUCUGGCUGAGAGGAAGAAGCUAGCCCACUACAAGCUCUCGGACAGCAAAACCCCCAAGUAUCUGUGCAACGAGCAUAUUAAAUUAGGGCCUGACAUUGUGAGCAGCACCUUCUACAAGGAGCAAUUUGAUGCGGUGGAGCAGUGUUUCAAAGUCAUUGGUUUUACUCUGGAGGAACUGGGCAGCGUGUACAGCACCCUGGCUGCCAUCUUGAAUUCAGGGGACAUUGAAUUUGCCUCCGUGGUGUCUGAGCACCAAACCGACAAGAGUAACAUCUCCAACAUUGCUGUCCUGGAGAACGCGGCCUCCCUGCUGUGCAUCCGCUCAGACGAGCUCCAGGAGGCCCUGACGUCCCACUGCGUGGUGGCUCGCGGGGAGACCAUCGUCCGGCCCAACACGGUGGAGAAGGCCUCUGAGGUGAGGGACGCCAUGGGCAAGGCCCUGUAUGGACGCCUCUUCAGCUGGAUCGUCAACCGCAUCAACAGCCUGCUGCGACACGACAGCCAGCAGGGGGAGGAGGAGGACAAGGGUCUGAACAUUGGCAUCCUGGACAUCUUUGGCUUCGAGAACUUCAAGAAGAAUUCUUUCGAGCAGCUCUGCAUCAACAUUGCCAACGAGCAGAUCCAGUUUUACUUCAACCAGCACAUAUUCGCCUGGGAGCAGGAUGAGUACCUGAACGAGGAUGUGGAUGCCCGGGUGAUAGAGUACGAGGACAACCGGCCUCUCCUGGAUCUGUUCCUGCAGAAGCCCAUGGGCAUGCUUUCUCUGCUGGACGAGGAGAGCCGCUUCCCUCAGGCCACCGACCAGACGCUCGUAGAAAAGUUUGAAGACAACCUGAAGUCCAAGAACUUCUGGAGACCAAAGAGAGUAGACCUUGGCUUCGGCAUUCACCACUAUGCUGGAAAGGUGAUUUAUAACGCUGGAGGCUUCCUGGCUAAAAACAGAGAUACUCUCCCUGCUGAUAUAGUUCUCCUGCUGAGGUCCUCAGAAAAUGAGCUGAUCCGCAAACUGGUCACCCAUCCUCUCACUAAGACUGGCAACUUGGCCCACACCAAGGGGAAAGCCAUGACCACAGCCCAUACGCUUCGAACCCCUCAACGCACCAUUAAUUUUGCCAAGGGGGAGCCUGGAGAGAGCAGCCAUCACCCUAGAGAGACCACCAACAUGCGGACACAGACCGUGGCUUCCUACUUCAGAUACUCUCUAAUGGACCUGCUCUCCAAGAUGGUGGCUGGACAGCCUCACUUUGUACGCUGCAUCAAGCCCAACAACGACCGGCAGGCAAGCAAGUUUGACCGGGAGAAGGUUAUGGUGCAGCUGCGCUACACCGGGGUAUUGGAGACAGCUAAGAUCCGCAGACAGGGAUACUCACAUCGUAUUGUCUUUGCCAACUUCAUCAAGAGAUACUUCAUUUUGGCUUUCCGUGCCCAUGAGGAGCCGGCUGCCACCCCAGAGACAUGUGCAGUCAUCCUGGAGAAAGCAAAGCUAGAGAACUGGGCCCUGGGCAAAACAAAGGUGUUCCUAAAAUACUACCAUGUGGAACACCUAAACCUGAUGGUGCGACACACAACAGAUCGCAUCGUUCUGGUUCAGGCUUACGUCCGGGGCUGGAUGGGAGUCAAGCGGUACCGCCGCACCCUGGAGAGCAGAGAGCAGAGUGCUAUGGUCCUCCAGUCAGCUUACAGAGGGCAUAAAGUUCGGAAAAGAGUUGCUGAUGAUAAAAGCAAAGCCAAGUUUGAGGCCUUCAUCAUCCGGUUUCAGGCUGUUUGUCGAGGAUACCUCGCUAAAAAGAUCUACAAGCAGCUGGUGGACGAGAAGAACAAAGCAGCUGCCAAGAUCCAGGCUCAUUACAGAGGACACAAGGAGAGGAAAAGCUUCAAAAGAAAAAAGGAGGCUAAACAGAAAGAGAAGGCCCAGGUAGCCGUGGAAGAGGAGGUAAAGGCGAGUCCCUCUACUCCCGGCGCCGGAGAGGAAGGUGAGGAAGACGAGGCCAAGGCUGCCGUGGUCCUCCAGAGUAACUACCGAGGCUACAAGGAGAGGAAGAAGCUCCGGGAGCGCCACAAGACCAGGAGCGGAGAUGAGUUGUUGCUGCCGCCACCCGCAGACGCGGAGCGAGACGCCAGCGGACUGGAGCCUGUUAUUCCGGAGGAGGAAGAGGAGGACGACCCGUCCGCCGUCGCGGAAGGGAAGGAGCGAGUGGGGGCCGAAGGGCCCUUGGAGGAGGACGACAGCGACGACGGCACGGAGAAGGCCGAGGAAGACGAGGACGACGAGGAACACACGGAAGUGGGCGAAGAGAUCGACGUCGAGGACGCCGAAGACGUCGCGGACGAGGGGGAUGCGGAGAAGGAGGACGGGGAGCGAGAGGGAGGCGAGGAAGGAGAGGUGGGGGCCGAAGAGGAAGAGGUCCACCCCGAGCAGGAAGCCAAGGCGGCGACGGUCCUUCAGAGCAACUUCAGGGGUCACAGAGAGAGGAAGAAGCUGGAGGAGGAAGGGAAGAUCCCAGCUAGAAAGCAGAAAGGGAAGAGUCCCCCGGCAGAGGGAGAGCAGUCCGCGACAGAGCGGCCAGCUGACGUGGAGAAGACAAAAGAGGAGGAGACGCCAGGCAUGUCGGCGGGCGGAGGAGAGCAGGGGCCGGUGGAGGAGGAGGCCAAGGCGGCUGUGGUCCUACAGAGCAACUUCAGAGGCCACAAGGAGCGCAAGCGGCUCGAGGAGGAAGGAAAGAUCCCCAAGAAGAAGAAGAAGAAAGAGGCCGCUUCUCAAGACCCUCCGAGGGUGGAGGUCGUUCCGGAGGAGGAGGAAGGAGGGCCCGAGCCCCAAGAAGGCGCGCCUGCCGACGGCCAGGCCGAGGUGGACGAAGAGAAAGCGGCGACGGUGCUUCAGAGCAACUUCAGAGGACACCGAGACAGAAAGAGGCUGAGGGCGGGGAGGGAAGGAGGGGAGAAGACGACAAGGGUGGAGCCGGUGGCCGAUGAGCCGACGACGGAAGGCAACCGGGAAGAGGAAGAGACGCUCGAGGUCACCGACGUCCAGCUGGAUCACAAAGGGGAGAGCGAGUCCCAGACGGACGGGGACACGUUCGAGGAGGAGCAGGCCGCCGUGAAGAUCCAGAGCCAGUUCAGAGGCCACAAAGACAGGAAGAACCUGAAAGCCUCCAAGGCCACCGCUCAGAGAGCGGCGGAGGAGGUGGAGGACUUCUCUAAAGAGAUUACGAAGGUUUCCCAGGACUACGUGAACCUCCAGCAGAAGCUAAACGAGAUCAUCCUGGCCCAUCAGUCCAAUCCUGACAGCAACGGCAUGUUCGUGAAGGGAAACGCAGUCAAUGGCCUCCCUGUCAAACAGCCAUCAGUAGAUUUGAAGGUACAGCGAACUCCUCGCAGAACCCAGCAACCAAAGACGCUGAACACUCCAGAAGACGCCACAUAUUACAAUCUGAUUCACAGGUCUGUCCAGGAUGACAAACGCCGGCCGAGGAAACAAGGUCCUGGGAAGCUGCUGGACGUGGAUGACCAGUACUACCAGGGCCUCUCCAGCAGUCCCAAGGAGAGACGCGCCUCCACCGCCUCUUCCAGGAAGACGUCUGUGGAGAGGAGGCCUUCGACGGACCGCCGGCGCUCCACCGACAGGAGAGCGUCCAGGGACCGGAGGCAGCUGACGGAGCAGAGGCAGGUGGCCGAGAGGAGGCAGUCUAUGGAGAGGAGGCCGUCGAGAGAGAGGGCACUUUCUGAACCCGAGUCCCCCAAACCAGCCAAAGACAAACGCCGCGCCGACAGGCACUCCGUUCCCAGAAUGCCCUCCACCGAGAGCCAGACGGAGGACAAUCCGUACGACUACCGACGGCUGCUGAGGAAGACCUCCCAGAGACGGAGGCUCAUCAAGCAUUACUGAACACAAGACCUUGACUCCCCCCCCUCACACACACACACACACACACACAGCCACCUGACAGAAGUCCUGAAGGGUUCCAGCAGCAUCACCCACCGUUUGUCCAAAUGUGCCAUGAUACUUUACAACAACACGAUCUGGGAUACAGUGAUGACCACGGACGUCGACCCAGCUAGGUCAACCAGGGAUCUUAAACCUGCUGAAGUGUCUGAAUGGUCUCAGCUCCUUAUGUCAUUAUCAGAAGUUUGAAAAAUGUCUCAACAGACGGUAUGUCAUGUUGAAGGGGAUACGUACAUUCUAGGUACAUGGUGUUGGGAACAGGAAAACUGUAUAACUGCAUUUGUAAAUACCCUGUGCAUUCAGCGUGUAUGUGCUGAAUGUCUUCCUCUGUCGUUAAAUCUUAACUUCAAGCCUAACAUACUAUAGGCUUCUAGUAUGUUAAUGAAUUUUGUGACAAGCUGAUUGUAAAAGGUCAACUAGAAGUGUGUUGUGGAGGGGAAAGUUAGGCUCUUGGUAAACUGCCUUGCUGUUGUGUGUCAAUCCGAUGAAAGUUUAUCCAUCUCACUGUGCUUAAGACAUUUUGGUGUGUACAGCAUGCAGUAGUGUACAGUAGCUGAAUUUGAACAAUCUUGUCUAGGCAGCAAUUUACCAGAUUGGCCCAUUAACUUGUAAAUCUAAAUACUCAAAUAAUAUUGAGGGCUAGGCGACUGCCUAUAUCGCCUAUAGGAAGAACCGACAUUGAGGGUAGUUGUACAAUGUAAUAGCAUACUAAGUUACUUUACAAACCUAAGCAAGACACUUGUGUAUAUUCAUGUAUUCAGCAUGAAACGUUGCUGUAGAAUGACUGUUUAAUAAACGCUUUAG